AUGAAAUGGAGAGUAAUGGAAGAUGAUUUUUUGAAUAUCAGAGAAUCUUCUUAUCAGCCAAAACCGGAACUGAGGGAUCUAAAGAAAAACAUUGAAUCCAAGAAGAGGCAGCACAACAACAUGGAUCUUCAAAGUUCUUUGACUCAAGAGAUUCUACAGCUUCAAAAAGGAUUACAUCAACAAAUUGUGACGCGGCAUGCAUUCGAGAAAACAUGUUAUCGACCAUUUUCACAGGAUACGACAGUAGAAAAUUCAAUACCCAAGGCGGCAAAGGAACUUAUUAAGGAAAUUGGGAUAUUAGAGUUAGAAGUCAGGUAUUUGGAACAAUAUCUGCUCUCUUUGUAUCGGAAACGAUUUGAUGAACACAUUUCAUCUCUAUCAACCAAAGAAACAAGAUUGGAUUUCGCUUCAUACAUUAACAAAGAUACUUCUGCAGUAAACAUAAACGAUGCUAUUCCUGACGAACAAAGAAGAUUGGAAUUAGCUUCACACAUUAUUAACAAAGGAACAUCUUUAAUACCUGUCAGCGGUGCUUUCUCUGACAAAGAAAUUUCAGUUCGACACUCAAGUGAUAUCAUUUCAACAAGUAAUUUAGGUGUUUUAGACUCUGGUAUUCAUCGGUGUUACUCUGCGUUAUCUCAACAAACAGUUUGCUCAAUUGAUGUUUCUCCUGAGAACAUGAAGACCAUAGCUGCAGACUCUUACCAUUCUCUACCGUUAUCGAUGCUAGAGCAAGCUCGGUGUGCUAAAUCCAACUCAACUACCCUAGCAGAACACCUUGGGAAUAGCUUCAUUGAUAAUGUUCCAGAGACACCAAAUUGGAUUUCUGAGGAGAUGAUCAAAUGCAUCUCAGCAAUAUUUUGUGAACUUUCAGAGUCACCUUUUCCUUGUCAUAAAAAUGCUUCAUUCCCUAUUCCGUUCUCAUCAUCCGUUUAUGAGGAGGUAUCUUCAAAGAUCCCGGGUAAUAAGCGGGGAUCACAAUGGAAGAACCAUUCAUUAUUCAGUUUAAACUCCAGUAACUCUUUCCAUGUCAAAGGGUCAAAAAAAUUCAGUGGACCCUAUUGUUCAAUGAUAAGGAUUCACAAAUUACGCACAGAUAGUCAGAAAUUAAAAGAAGUCGAGUACAUGCUACGCAGAUUUAGGUCACUUGUUUCUAGGCUUGAAGAAAUUAAUCCGAGAAAUCUGAAACACGAAGAAAAGCUGGCCUUUUGGAUUAAUGUGCACAAUUCCUUAGUAAUGCAUGCCUUAUUAGUUUACGGAGUUUCAGCCAACAAUGUCAAGAGAAUGUCUUCAGUACUUAAAGCUGCAUAUGACAUUGGGGGUCAUACUGUAAGUGUCGAAAUGAUACAGAACUUAAUUCUGGGGUGCAGAUUGCCACGUCCAGGACAAUGGCUGCGGCUGUGGUUUCCUUCAAAGACAAAACUAAAGGUCAGGGAUGUAAGAAAAGGAUAUGCUGUACAUCGUCCAGAACCUUCAAUAUUAUUUGCUCUUAGCACAGGAAGCCAUUCCGAUCCUGCGGUACGUUUGUACACGUCCAAGAGAGUCUUGGAGGAGCUACAAUCUGCAAAAGAAGAAUAUAUUCAAUCCAACAUUGUUAUAACCAAGGAACAUAAAAUAAUUCUCCCAAAGAUAGUUGAUUCCUUUGCAAAAAGUGCAGGUCUAGGAGUAUCUGAUUUGGUGGAGAUGGUUAAACUAUAUCUACCCGAGUCUCAAAGGAAGAGCAUCCAAGAGUUUCAAUCAAAAACAAACUGGAAAGGAACUGAAUUAACCUCUCAUGACUUCACUUUCCAUUACCUGCUUUCAAAGGAGUUAGCUUGGGAAUGA